CAAUAAAGCUGUCUAACGUCUACACCAGCUCCCGACUCGGCUCUCGUGAUUACAUAGAUAAGGUGAAAUAGGAGGAUGACUGUUAGUGUUACAUACUAACAGUCAGUAUACAAUAAUUGGCGACGAGCACGGAUGCGCCUGCCGACGGAUUAAGAGGCGGGUGGCGGCGAAUCCGCGGAGUUCAUCGACGGCUAGCGUUAGCUUAGCUUUGUUAGCAUUAGCUCCGCAUAGCAGCGGGGGUACGACUCACGUCGGGACGACCUGCGAGCAUGGCGGGCAUCCUGGGACAGAUGGACGCCUUUGAUGAGUCGACGGAGCAGUGGUCGACAUACGUGGAGAGGUUUGAGCACUUCGUGGCAGCAAAUGGACUGAAUGAGGGGAGGAAGCUGCCGGUGUUUUUCAGCGUGAUGGGACCGGCGACGUACGGUCUACUGCGCAGCCUCAUCGCCCCAGAGAAGCCGGGCACGAAAACGUAUGAUGAGGUAGUGACAUUGUUGCAAGCACAUUUCUCCCCAAAGCCCAUAGUGAUAGCGGAGAGAUAUAGAUUUCAUAAGAGAGAUCAGGGGGAGGGGGAAACUAUUACACAGUAUGUAACAGAUCUAAAAAAAUUAUCAGAGCACUGUGAAUUUGGAGCUUACCUGCAGGAUGCACUAAGAGACAGGUUAGUGUGUGGGUUGAACAGUGAGUCGAUUAAAAAGAGGCUGUUAACAGAGAAGGAUUUAACAUACCAAAGAGCAGUUGAACUAGCAGUUUCAAUAGAAACAGUGGCACGUGAAUCUCAACAGCUCAGUAGCUCACAGAAGGUGAACGCUGUCUCUCUCUCCUUGCCACCGGGCCGUAAAUGCACUCGUUGUGGUAGAGUAAAUCACAAAAUGGAGGAAUGUUUUUACAAGGACCAGUCCUGCCACAAUUGUGGAAAAAGGGGGCACAUAGCUCGUAUGUGCAGGGAGGAUAAAGGGGGACCGAAGACAACACAUUUUUUUGGGGUUAAAAAGGGACAGAAAAUGAAAGGAAAAUUCAAAAAGAGGGCCGAUCAGGUAGAGGCGGAGACUAAGCCCAGCGACCCAGAGACAACAGAUUCAGAUGGGGUGGGAGGCUUACAUGUAGUGGAGGUAGAAAAAAACGUUAAACAUGAUAGCGCUGCGUCAGCGAUUAUCUGGGUUAGACCCAAAGUGGAGGGACAAACUAUAGAAAUGGAGUUAGACACAGGUGCGGCAGUGUCGAUCAUUUCAGAAAAAGUAUACAAUGCUAAAUUUAGCCAGUUACGCCUCCGUACCACCAACCUACUGUUGAGAUCGUAUACAGGGCAGGUUAUGACACCCUUGGGGGUAAUAAAAGUAGACGUGCGUCUCAACAAACAACGGGCACGUCUCCCCCUGUAUGUGGUUAAGGGUGACGCUCUCUCUCUUUUUGGACGAGAAUGGUUGCGAAAAGUAAAGUUAGAUUGGACAAUGAUUAAAACUAUUCGAGCUACACAUCCCAUACAGGAAGACCGCACAAUGGCGACAGUACUAGACAGCCAUGCCAGGGUGUUCCAAGAAGGUCUAGGUACACUAAAGGGCUUUGAGGUGGCGUUAACCCUCAAGCCGGUGCAUCAACCGAAGUUCUUCCAAGCACGGGCGGUGCCGUAUGCACUUCGGCCGAAGGUGGAGGAGGAAUUAGAGCGUUUGGAACAGGGGGGCGUACUGUCUCCAGUACAGUUUAGUGAAUGGGCUACUCCAAUUGUACCCAUUUUAAAAAAAAAUGGGAAAGUACGUAUAUGCGGAGAUUUUAAAGUGACCUUAAAUCCCGCGCUUUGUGCUGAACACUACCCCAUUCCGAGGAUAGAAGAUCUUUUCGCAUCGCUAGCAGGGGGGCAGCGUUUCAGCAAAUUAGAUCUGGCGAACGCAUAUUUACAGGUGCCGGUUCAGGAAAACUCCCGUAAAUAUCUGACCAUUACCACGCAGAAGGGAAUGUUUUGCUAUAACCGUCUUCCCUUCGGGAUCACCUCUGCGCCGUCAAUCUUUCAGCGAGUCAUGGACCAAGUGUUGCAGGGCCUCCCCAACGUCCGUUGUUUCCUGGACGACAUUUUGGUGACUGGGGAGAACGAUGCAGAUCACCUAAAAAACUUAGAUGCAGUGUUGGGCCGAUUGGGAAAAUUCGGUUUGCGAGUACAGAAGGAGAAAUGUGAAUUCUUCAAGAGUUCAUUAGAAUAUUUGGGGCAUGUCAUUGAUAAAAAAGGGCUACAUAAGUCCCCAGAGAAGCUUAAGGCCAUAGCGGAGGCCCCAGCCCCCAUUAAUGUGAGUCAGCUCCGUUCUUUUUUGGGCCUGAUAAACUAUUAUGGGCGUUUUGUUAAAAACAUGGCAACCAUGCUCAGCCCGUUACAUGAGCUGUUGCACACCGGAGUGGCAUGGAAGUGGUCACCAGAGUGCGAGAAAGCCUUUAAGGCAGCAAAAGACCAUUUGCAAUCAGAACAGGUGCUAACGCAUUAUGACCCCAGGUUGCCCCUGCGGAUAGCGUGUGACGCGUCGCCGUAUGGGGUGGGCGCGGUACUUUCGCACGUGAUGCCCGGUGGUGAGGAGAGACCCAUAGCCUUUGCCUCUAGGACACUGAGCAAGGCAGAGCAAAAUUAUGCUCAGAUUGAAAGGGAGGCGCUGGGAAUUAUUUUUGGGAUACGUAAAUUCCACGCCUAUUUGUACGGGUGCCAUUUUACACUACUCACAGAUCACAGACCGCUGACAAGUAUAUUGAGUCCCAGUAAGGCGACGCCACCUAUGGCGGCCGCACGACUGCAGCGGUGGGCGUUAGUGUUAGCGGCACACAACUACACAAUCCAAUACAGGAAAGCAGCAGAUCAUGGGAAUGCAGAUGGUCUCUCACGGUUGCCACUGCAGGUAGCGCAUGGGGAAAAGCCAGACGCAGUAGAUAGGGUGACAGUACAUCACCUUGAGACACUCCCAGUGGACAGUGAAGAUAUUAGGAAGGGAACUAAAUAUGACCCAGUGCUCUCUAGGGUAGUAGAUAUGGUAGUUUCAGGCCAGUUUGUUGGAACAGUUGGGCAGAAUGACGCGUUGGCACCCUUCUACAUGCGACGAGACGAACUGACGGUGAUCCAGGGGUGUUUGCUAUGGGGCAGUAGAGUGGUGGUGCCUCCAGCGUUGAGACCGCAGCUUCUGAAGGAACUACAUGCCGGGCACCCAGGCAUGGUCAAGAUGAAGGCCAUUGCACGGAGCCAUGUCUGGUGGCCGGGGUUAGACGCCCAGAUUGAACAGCAGGCCAGGACAUGCUCUACGUGUCAACGGAACCAAAAGAACCCGGCGCUCUCCCCACUACACACCUGGCCGUGGCCGGGAUCUCCAUGGCAACGGAUCCAUGUGGACUUUGCGGGGCCGUUCGAAGGACACAUGUUCUUGGUGGUGGUAGAUGCGUACUCUAAGUGGCCGGAAGUACAGGUGAUGAAAACAACGACGACGGAGAAGACUGUACAGGCCCUGAGGAGUAUGUUUGCCCGCAACGGAGUACCAGAGACACUGGUUAGUGACAAUGGGCCACAAUUCACAGCGGCAGAGUUCGGGGCAUUUCUCCGGGCAAACGGAGUGAAGCACAAAAGGUCAGCGCCGUUUCACCCCGCCACGAACGGUCAAGCAGAGCGUUUUGUGCAGACGCUGAAGCGUUCAUUGAAAGCGUCUAGGGGAACAUUUACGCUGCAACAUCGAGUGGAGGCAUUUUUACUCAGCUACAGGAAUGCGCCUCACAUGACGACGAGUGAGUCUCCGGCUAUGCUCUUCCUGCGCCGUCGGCUCCGCUCUCGCUUGGACCUUGUGAAGCCGAACGUGUCGGCUACGGUGGAGCUGGCGCAGGAGGGCCAACGAGAACGCAGAGAUCUGGUGGCUAAGGACAGACGGUUUGCAGUGGGGGAGGCCGUGCUGGUGCGUGAUUAUCGACGGGGGGAGGAGAAGUGGAUGCCUGGACUGGUGGCAUCACAAGAGGGACCGGUAUCCUACUCCGUGGAUGUGGGGGCAGGCGCACUCUGGAGACGUCACACAGAGCAGAUGAGAGCCGGUGACCGUGCGCUUUUGGUUCCCACUGGUCCAGAGCAACCAGCGGUGCCGAGUGAACUGACAAUUGGGGCCCAGCCGGUUGCUCCCCCCCCUUCUCCGGCAAGAGGGGAUGCUCUGGGAACCGGGACAGUCGCCCCCGAGCCAGGAGGGUCACCCAGACGGAGAGCGGAUGUUGGCGCGCCAGGCCGGAGGUAUCCACUCCGGGUUACCAGAGCUCCAGACCGCCUUAAUCUCUGAACUGGGGGCGUGGGUUGUUAGAGAGUCAUGUCACGUUUUGGGGCAGAAUAAUCCCCGUUGACUGACUCCGAGGUUCGGGGGUAGUCUACCCCCCGGCCUCAGUAAGCAUGUAUGUGUUUAAGUUUGAGUUCCCUAUUUACAAUAGCCCCCUAAGUGGGUAUUUCAAUGUAUUUUAUGGUUACACCGCCGAUUCGCACAAAGCAUCAUUUUGCACAUAACACACGUUCUAAGUGCUUAUGGCCUAGUCUGUUUUUAUAGGCUGGGGUUAAUAGGGGUGGUUUUAGGUGGGUGCGAAUCUGAAUAAGUGGGGAGGGAUGUUGUGUAUUGAGCUGUAUGUUUUGUCUGCAUGGUUACACCCAGUGACCACCAGGGGGAGUGCCAGGUGGGUUCAUAUAUGUUGGGUUGAACUUCCGUUCGCCGUGUGACAAUAAAGCUGUCUAACGUCUACACCAGCUCCCGACUCGGCUCUCGUGAUUACAUAGAUAAGGUGAAAUAGGAGGAUGACUGUUAGUGUUACAUACUAACAGUCAGUAUACAA